AUGGCGAACUGGCUGGUCAUCGUCAGCAUCCUCGUCUUCGAUCUCAUCGCAUUCGCCCUCGCCGUGACCGCCGAGCAGCGGAGGAGCUCGGUGCUUGUUCUUCCUGUCUCGUCGACUGGAACCAGCCUCUGGCCACGCUUCUGAUCCGAGGAGAUCUGUGACUGCAGGCUACUACGGUGACGGACAAUCAGAAGGAGUACACCUACUGCGUCUACAACUCCGACAUCUCCACCGGACUCGGCGUCGGCGCGUUCCUCUUCCUGCUCCUCAGCCAAUUAAUCCUCAUGGUGGCCAGCAGGUGUCAUUGUUGCGGCCGUGCCCUUCGCGCCGGCGGCCCUCGAGCCUGCUCCCUCAUUCUCUUCCUCCUGUGCUGGUAAUCUAUCCCCAUCCGCAUGGAAGCCCGAUUCCGCCGUCUGCAAAUCCGAAUUCCUCUCUUGUCCUCUCCUUUUCCGAGAUGGUUUUUUGAUCUCUGGUUUUCAGGCUGACGUUCAUCAUUGCGGAAGCAUGCCUGCUUGCGGGUUCAGUGAGAAAUGCGUACCACACCAGGUACAGGACUAUAUUUGGUGCCGAACCCCCUUCCUGCGAGACCCUGCGCAAAGGCGUCUUCGCCGCCGGCGCCGCCUUCGUCUUCUUUACCACCAUUAUUUCCGAGGUGUACUACAUCUUACACUCCAAGGCAAAGGACGGCGGCGCCCCCUACGAAUCCGCCGUCGGCAUGGGCGCCUACCGCUAG